UUAACAUUACGCUCGGCUGAACAUAGUCUCCUGCGCAGCCGUCCUCUUAGUGUAGGCUGAACAGGGAGCGAAGCAGCAAUUAUUACCCUCCCCACCAGGUGGAAAGUCUGCGAGGCUGUCACCGGCGCAUUCGAUACGAAUCAUACUUUUUCACUGUCUAAAAUUCAGAACUAUCAGUUUUCGGAGCAAGAAGUCAUGGCAACUGCACCGGAGUACCACUAUCGCAAGCUUCUGACAGAGAACUCGUCUCCUGACGCGGUGAAAAAGGUCUAUGAUGACUGGGCACUUGACUACGAGAAGGAUAUUGCAAUCAGGGGUUUUGAUUCCCACCACACCUACGCACGCAUACUGGACUCAACCCUAGCAACGCUGUUCCCAGGCAACCACCAGUCGCUGCAUAUUCUUGACGCAGGCGCAGGCACAGGGCUAAUGGGUGUGUCCUUCAAGAGGCUUGGUUACACAAUAAUAGAUGCUUUGGAUUUUUCUCAAGAAAUGCUGAACUGUGCCAAAGAGAAAAACGUUUAUCGGAGAUUGAUCUGCGCGCCAAUAGGAGAGGGUAAACACUCGGACAUAUCACAGGAUAACUAUGAUGUGCUGAUCUGCACGGGAACCCUGAGCUCACCAAACGUCCGAGCGAGUGGGCUAGACGAGUUAAUACAUUACGUGAAGCCAGGGGGAGUAAUCUGCUUCACACUCCACCUUCAUCUGUACGAUAAUAGGGAGAGUGAAUACAGAAAGCGGAUUGAUGAACUCGAGAGGGAGGGCAAGUGGAGCCUUUACAGCAAGCACGUGACUGAUUACAAUAAAUACAUCCCAGCACGCGCCAAAUGCUACCUAUUGACAUACCGCGUACUGUGACGUCUGUUAUGAAAAACACAUGACCAAUCACCGACAACAUGACAGAUAACCAGUCAGCGACAACAAGUUACGACACAUGACCAAUCAGCGACAACUUGACAAAUGACCAAUCAGCGAUAACAUGACAGGUGGCCAAUCAGCGAUAACAUGAUAGCAAACAUGGCAAGUACAAUAGUCAAGAUAGCAAGCAAACAUUUAAUUGCUUAUGUACGUCUAUAAAUGUAUAAAUGACUGGCUGUUAAUAAUGUCCUUAUAAAGACUGAAAAACAAAAACAAAUCUAUGAACAUUGGGUUCUUUGAUUGUAUAAGAAACAAAUAAACAGUAACAAUAAUGAAUAA